GGUGCGGUGGGGCUCGCUCGCGCGGCAGCGGUAGCGGAGGCCUCUUAGUUCUGCGGCACGUGACGGUCGGGCCGCCUCCGCCGCUGUCUCCACUGCAGCGCGGGGCCGGGUGUGCGGGUGGGAGAAGGUGCGGGAGCCGCCAGUGGUCCCCGGGAGGCUCGAGAAAGCUGUGACAGUGCAGCCUGAAGGUAGAUCAUGGAAGGGAAGUGGUUACUGUGUUGGCUACUGGUCCUUGGUACCGCAGCUGUUCUGGCUCAUGAAGGACAUGAUGAUGACAUGAUUGAUAUUGAAGAUGAUCUUGAUGAUGUUAUUGAAGAGGUAGAAGAUUCAAAAUCGAAAUCAGAUACCAGCACUCCUUCAUCUCCAAAGGUCACCUACAAAGCUCCAGUUCCAACAGGGGAAGUUUAUUUUGCUGACUCCUUUGACAGAGGAUCUCUGUCAGGGUGGAUUUUAUCUAAAGCCAAAAAAGAUGACGCUGAUGAUGAAAUUGCCAAAUAUGAUGGAAAGUGGGAGGUAGAUGAAAUGAAGGACACAAAGCUUCCAGGUGAUAAAGGACUUAUACUGAUGUCUCGGGCCAAGCAUCAUGCCAUCUCUGCUAAACUGAACAAGCCCUUCACGUUUGACACCAAGCCUCUCAUUGUUCAGUAUGAGGUUAAUUUUCAGAACGGAAUAGAAUGUGGUGGAGCCUAUGUGAAGUUGCUUUCCAAGACCUCAGAACUCAACUUGGACCAGUUCCACGACAAGACCCCAUAUACUAUUAUGUUUGGUCCAGAUAAAUGUGGAGAGGACUACAAACUGCACUUCAUCUUUCGCCACAAAAACCCCAAGACAGGUGUAUAUGAAGAAAAACACGCUAAGAGGCCAGAUGCAGAUCUGAAGACCUAUUUCACUGACAAGAAAACACAUCUUUACACAUUAAUUUUAAACCCAGAUAAUAGUUUUGAAAUAUUAGUUGACCAGUCUGUUGUGAACAGUGGAAAUCUGCUCAAUGACAUGACUCCUGCUGUAAAUCCUUCGCGUGAAAUUGAGGACCCAGAAGACCGGAAGCCUGAGGAUUGGGAUGAAAGACCCAAAAUACCAGAUCCAGAUGCUGUCAAGCCAGAUGACUGGGAUGAAGAUGCCCCUGCUAAGAUUCCAGAUGAAGAGGCCACAAAGCCUGAAGGCUGGUUAGAUGAUGAGCCUGAGUAUAUCCCAGACCCUGAUGCGGACAAGCCAGAGGAUUGGGAUGAGGAUAUGGAUGGAGAAUGGGAGGCUCCUCAGAUUGCCAACCCUAAAUGUGAGUCAGCCCCUGGGUGUGGAGUCUGGCAGCGACCUAUGAUUGACAACCCCAAGUAUAAGGGCAAAUGGAAGCCUCCCAUGAUUGACAAUCCUAACUACCAGGGAGUCUGGAAACCAAGGAAAAUACCAAAUCCAGAUUUCUUUGAAGACCUGGAACCUUUUAAGAUGACUCCUUUCAGUGCUAUUGGUUUGGAGCUCUGGUCCAUGACUUCCGACAUUUUCUUUGACAACUUUAUCAUUGGUAGUGACCCUAGAGUAGUUGACGAUUGGGCCAAUGACGGAUGGGGCCUGAAGAAAGCUGCUGAUGGGGCUGCGGAGCCAGGUGUCGUGGGGCAGAUGCUAGAGGCAGCUGAAGAGCGUCCAUGGCUCUGGGUGGUCUACAUUCUGACUGUAGCUUUGCCAGUGUUCCUUGUGAUCCUCUUCUGCUGUUCUGGAAAGAAACAGUCCAAUGCUAUGGAGUACAAGAAGACGGAUGCUCCCCAGCCAGAUGUGAAGGAGGAGGAAGGGAAGGAGGAGGAGAAGAGCAAGGGAGAUGAAGAUGAUGAAGGAGAAGAGAAGCUUGAAGAGAAACAGAAAAGUGAUGAUGCUGAAGAAGAUGGUGGCACUGGCAGUCAAGAUGAGGAAGAUAGGAAACCUACAGCAGAGGAGGAUGAAAUUUUGAACAGAUCACCAAGAAACAGAAAGCCACGAAGAGAGUGAAACAAUCUUAAGAACUUGGAUCUGUGAUUUCCUCUCCCUCCCCUUCCCCUGCAAGCGUGGUCCUAGGAGAGGGCCUGGUAUACCUUAGGUGGGAACUCAGAAAACCUCAAGACAUCACCAUCUACAGGUUCCAGUGAAUACUAGUCUGUAAUUUUAAACAUCUAGCAGUAAAUAAUUGCAAUUGUAAUGUAAAGGACCCUGUUUCUGUAGAAAAGAACAUUUAACAUAAUGGUUGUGAAAUGUAACAUGAAACAACUAACUUGUGUUUUUAUUUUGAUGUUUUUAAAAUCUUUGGGUUCUCCCCCUCC